AUCGAACAUCCUCACUACUAUCAACAUGAAAUCUCACUUCGAAUUCUCUAACCUCUUGGGGACAGUCUACAGCAAAGGCAAUGUGAUCUUCACCCCCGAUGGUCAGAGCGUGAUAAGUCCCGUCGGAAAUCGUGUCUCUGUCUUCGAUCUCGUCAAUAACAAAUCACGCACACUGAAUUUUCAAAAUCGGAAAAACAUUUAUCGCAUCGCUUUGGAUCCCCGUGGAAUCAUUCUCAUCAGCAUUGAUGAAGACGGUCGGGCAUUAUUGGUAAAUCUGAAACGAUCAAUUGUACUCCACCAUUUCAAUUUCAAGCAGAGGGUUGAAGACGUUAAAUUCUCACCGGAUGGCAAAUACCUCCUUGUCACACACGGCCACCAUGCGCAAAUAUGGCUGAAUCCAUCGCCCACCGUCAAAUCUUUCACCCCGUUUCAUUUACACAGAACUUACACCGGUCACUUCAAUGAUAUCAUUUCACUAUCAUGGUCGCCUUGCUCAAAUUUUUUCCUGACGACUAGCCAAGACAUGACGGUAAGGAUGUACACAGUUAAUCCAGUUGAGGGUUACAGACCCAGAAAUUUUACCGGCCACAAGGAUUCCGUCCUUGGUGCCUGGCUCACAGGAAAUAUCUCAGACCCGAACGAUGAGCCCCGAGUGAUCACCGUCAGUAAAGAUGGGGCAUGUUUUGUUUGGAGGAAUAAAGACAUGGUGGGUCAAGACGAUGACUCGGACGACGAGCAGGAUCACUCCUCCAACAGUUCCGUCACCUCCAAGAAAGAAUGCCGAUCUCUAGACCGGGUCCGUUGGGGAAUUUCUUCCCGGCAUUAUUUCAACGUUGCCGGCACUUAUGUCACCACUUGUACCUUCGAUCGUUCAACCAACAUCCUGGUCGUCGGCUUUGCCAAUGGUGUUUUUGGUCUCUACGAAAUAGCGAAAGAAGUCGGCUCGUUUUCCAACAUUCACUCUUUAUCGGUCUCUCAAGAGAAAAUCACCAGCGUUGCAAUAGACCCAACCGGACAGUGGCUCGCAUUUGGGGCAUCCAAGCUUGGACAACUUCUAGUCUGGGAAUGGCAAAGUGAAAGUUACAUCUUGAAGCAGCAAGGGCAUUACUUUGAUAUGAACACGCUGGCUUUCUCUUCCGAUGGACAAACUAUCGUGACUGGCGGGGACGAUGGGAAGGUCAAAGUUUGGAACUCGACCUCAGGGUUCUGUUAUGUGACUUUCGCCGAACACCAAUCAUCAGUCUCCGUCGUCGAGUUUGCCAAGCAAGGCACGGUGAUCUUUUCAGCUUCGCUCGACGGGACCAUUCGGGCCUUCGACCUGAUCCGCUACCGGAACUUCAAAACCUUCACUUCGCCUCAUCCAGUCCAAUUCAACGCACUCGCCGUUGACCCUUCUGCCGAGGUCGUCGUCGGUGGUGGCGUCGGCGAGGGAUUUGAGAUUUACGUCUGGUCGGUCCAAACAGGCAAAAUAGUUGACAUCUUAACCGGCCACGAAGGUCCUAUAUCCGCCUUGGCAUUCUCCCCACUCGGAGAUAAAUUAGUCAGUGUUAGCUGGGACAAGACCGUACGGAUUUGGGAGAUGUAUGGAAGGAAGAAUGGGGUCGAGCCACUCCAGUUAGCCUCAGACGGGUUGGCGGUAGCUUUCCGUCCCGAUGGUGCCGAGGUGGCGGUUUCCACUUUGGACGGCCAAAUUGCCUUCUUCGAUGUCGCCGAGGGAAAACAAAAGUCGCUGAUCGAAGGACGGAAAGAUAUUUCUGGUGGACGGAAGUUCGAAGAUCGAAUCACCGCUGCAAAUAGUGCCAGCGGGAAAAGCUUCAACAGUCUCUGUUACACCGCCGAUGGAUUACAACUACUGGCUGGAGGCAAUAGCAAAUACGUUUGUAUUUACGAUUGUCGAGAUGGUGUGCUCCUCAAGCGAUUCGAAAUUUCAGAGAAUUUGAGUUUGGAUGGAACCGAGGAAUUCUUGGACAGUCGGAAGCUUUUGGAAUCGGGGAUAUCGGUCAAUGAGAUCAAUGAUGCUGCCGAACUGUCUGAUUUGGAUGAUCGGUUAGAUGCUAAUAAAAUCCUUCCAGGAUCCAAAGGUGGUGACAUGUCCCGACGGAAAUACAAGCCAGAGAUCCGAACAAAAUCGGUCAAGUUUUCGCCAACUGGAAGGUCAUGGGGAGCCGCUUCGACAGAUGGAUUACUGCUGUAUUCCCUAGACGAUACGAUCCACUUCGAUCCCUUUGAACUAACGAUCGAGAUCACCCCUACAUCGAUCCAGCAAACCGUGGAGAAAUCAGAAUACCUCAAAGCACUCGUGAUGGCAUUCAGAUUGAAUGAGAAAUAUAUGAUCAAAUCCGUCUACCAAUCGAUCCCGUUCAAAGAAAUCAAGAUCAUAGCCGCACAGCUGCCCCCAACUUAUGUAUCUAGACUGCUUGAAUUCAUCUCGAAAGCCAUGAUCGACGGCUCGUCUAAUCAUUUCCAGUUCAACCUCACCUGGAUUAACUUCAUCCUUACCUCUCAUGGACGAUAUCUCAAGAACCGCUCGAACGAAGUCGCGCCGGUCAUGCGCUCCGUCCAAAAAGCUCUUCUUGACUCCCAUUCAUCCGUUUCUAAACUAUCCAAUUCAAAUACAUACAUGCUUCGCUACCUGAUCGACCAAAACAACCUUCAACAAAACCUCAACAAGCCGGACUCAGAUUCCUCUGAGAACAGCCAUGGAGUCGAUGGUGAUGGUGAUUUAGAGAUGUCUUGAUCUUAUGUUUUUUUUGACCCUCUCAUUCUCUCGCACAUAAUUAUUCAUCCACUGUUCAAGUAUUUCUCAGCUUGAUCUCGGUGUAUUCCCUCUACAUUUGAUGUUCAUUUUCUUCAUCUCAUGAUUUCCUUUUCUCCUCUUGCCCACUUGUCUCAAGACCAAUUCGUAAAAAUUCAAUAAAUCGAUCUAAAC